UGCCAAUAUAAUGAGUGAGUGCUGCUGACUCACGCGCUCAAUCGUGGAUGCGACGUAAACUAAAAUCACUCCCCGAUGCCAACUCAUGGCGCGAUCAAUAAUAAGAGGAACAUGACCACCACCACCACCACUGUCAUCGACUCAACUCCCAUCCCACCACCACCACCAUCAUCAUCAUCAUGCCGUCCCACGACGACACGCUUUCUAGCCCGCCCAUGGCGCAGUCCCACGAGGAGGAGGGGGACCUCCCGCCAUUGCCACUCCCCGCCGGAAUCACGUCGCGCUUCGUCGACACGCGGCCCUUUGGCCUCCGAUACCACGUCCUCGAGGCCGUCCCAUCAUCAUCAUCAUCACCAUCUUCAUCAUCAUCACCAUCCGCCUCCUCAUCGACGCCAAUCGCCCCCUCGCCCCGCCCACCCCUCGUGCUCCUCCUCCACGGCUUCCCCAACCUCGCCUACGACUGGCGCUUCGUCAUGCCGGGCCUCGCGCGCGCGGGCUACUACGCCGUGGCCUUUGACCUGCGCGGCUUCGGACGCACCACCAUGACCGCCGCCGACGACGACCCCUCAUCCUCCUCCUCCGGGGACGGCUUCACCCCGCUCGCCAUGGUGCGCGACGUCGUCGCCCUCGUCCACGCGCUCGGCUACCGCUCCGUCCACACCCUCGUCGGGCACGACCUCGGCGCCUUCGCGGCGGCCAUCUGCGCCCUCGCGCGGCGCGACCUCGUCAAGUCGCUGGUCCUCAUGGCGCAUCCCUUCCGCGGGCCGCCCAAGGCGCCGUUCGGUGGCGCGGCGUCCGCAUCGCUGCCUUCCCUCCUCCUCCCCCCGGAAGCACCGGCCGCAUCAGGAUCAGCGGCGGACCGCUUCGACCGCCUCCGCGACCCGGACAUCCAUGCCUCGCUGCGCGCCCUGGACCCGCCCCGGCAGCACUACAAGUGGUACAACGCGUCGCCCGGCGCGGCCGCCGAGUGGAGCUACCCGCAGGGCGAGCCGCUGCGGGAGUUUCUCCGCGGCUACUUUCAUCUCAAGUCGGGCGAUGCGUGCCGGCGGGACGAGGUUGACGACGAUGACGGUCCGCGGCCGCUCGGGGCGUGGACGGCGGAGCGCCUCGCCGUGAUGCCGCACUACUACAUUAUGCGCGCGGGCAUGUCCAUGCGGGACAACGUGGCGCUGGACAUGGCGGCGGAGCAGGACACGGGGCCACCGCAAUCGCCGCAACCGCAACCGCCCGAGUGGCUCACGGAGCGAGACCUGGACGUAUACACGGCGGAAUGGACGCGAACGACAUUCGGCCCCGCGCUGCGUUGGUACGCCGCGCUGACGGGCGAUUCCUCGGCGUCGGCGCUCGAGCUGCGCGCCCUCGCGUCGGCCAAGAUCGGCGUGCCGACGGGGUACGUGUCCGGGGCCCGCGACUGGGGCACGUACCAGGACCCGGGGGCGCUCGAGGCCAUGGAGGAGGGCGAGAGCGUCGAGCCCGGGUGCUACGCGGGGACGGCGCUGCUCGAGGGCGCGGGCCACUGGGUCAACAUGGAGAGGCCUGGGGCGUGCGUCGACGAGAUCCUGCGUGUCGCGGCCAUGGUUGUGUGAUGGUGCAUGAUCUGCGGAUAAUGGUGACUGCUGUACAUGUACUCCUGAGUCCUGAGUCCUUAUAUGGAGUCAACAUGGGGCAUGGCUUGUAUGAGCUGAUGGUAUAGUGGUAUUUCCCUGCUGAUAACGUUGUAGACUUGUGCCAAUACGCAAUACACAAUGACAUUGGUCAUGGACUAUUAUGUCAUACCAUCUAUACCAUCCCAUCGCGAGCCCAGUUGUAUAUUUGUCGGGGGCAUACACCGGCAGGGGCCAACCUCUCACUCGACCUUGACCACCACGCGACAAAGCCUUUCCCGCCAGCAGUCCCCAGACAUCAAUCCGAAAACAAGGCCUCUCCCCCGUUCCUUUCCCCAUUUCGAUACUGCUUGGCUCUAUGCUUCUUCAUGAUUCACCUGUUCAAGUCGUCUGCACAUUUACC